CACACGCACACACACAGAUGCAAUGACACGGGCACCGGACCGCUCCUUCGAUGACUGGGAUUGACAUCCGCUUCCCAGAUCUUUUUUUUGUUGCGUGUUUGCUUAGACGUUUGGGUAAGCUCUUCGCUUAAUGCUCCCAGACUUGCGCGAGCGAGCGAGCGGGCUUGCUGCUGAUUUCGACCGAACUUGCUGCAAGCUACCGUUAGCUGGCUGCCUGCUAACCCCCCCCAGGCGUCCAAGUGGCCGCACAAAACAUGCGGAUCGGCGCGGCGGAGACCCCCGGGACCAAUCUAGUUUUGCUCCGCGGGACGCGAGUUUCGAGCGGCCGCUGACUGGACGCCACCAAAGCCUCUGUGGGAGGAGGAGAAAGCGCGACAAAUCUCCAGGACCAGAUUGCCCGCCCAACGUUUUGCCUCUCAGCCAGACGGCCAGGGACCAUGCUGACCAUCCUCGCUGCUGGCUCUGUGUUCUUUCCGGGCCUCUUCCUUCUGUCCAAGCAGUGUCUCAAGUCCAUCCCGGCGCUGCGAUGGAGCGAAGGCGACGCCGUCAUCGUGUCCGCCAGGCUGGUGUCGUCGGUUCAAGCGGUCAUGGCUUCUUCAGCCGGCUACAUGAUCGCUUCUUCCUGCGAUGACAUCAUCGAGGACCAGCACUGGUUGACCAGCACGUACAUCUUGUUUGCCGUUCCCUACUUCGUGUACGACAUCUACGCCAUGUUCAUGUGCUAUUGGUACAAGCUGAGGGUCAAAGGUCACGAGGAGGCCUCGGCCGCCCCCCAGCACAUGGCGUCGGCGCUGACCAGCUACCUGCGCCGCGAGUUCCUCAUGGUGCUGCACCACGUCGUCAUGGUUACCAUCUGCUUCCCCAUUUCUGUGUUUGUGCGCCAAGGAAAGGGAGAUUAUUUCCAGGGCAUCAUGUUCAUGGCCGAGCUCAGCACUCCGUCGGUCUGCUUAGGAAAAAUACUCAUCCAGGGGCGCCCUGCGACUCUUCACGGGCUCCUCCCGCUCCCAGAGACUGCGCCCCGGCGCGGACGGCGGCGCAGCGGCGGCGCCCCAGCCGGCCAACGGCUACAGAGCGCCCUCCGCAGAGCCCGACUUGGCCACCCACUGAGAGGAGUUAGGGGUGGGGCGGCGGGCGUGCCAGGAGGAGAGGCGAAUGUACCAAUGUCACGGGGGUUGGGGUGGGGGUGGGGGGGGGUAGAACAAGUAGCGACACAGCGAAGGCUAAAAAGCUACAGAUGAUGUCCUCAAAUAGCGCUCGAGUCUUCGCAGGCAGCACGCAAUAACCUCUUCACCUGCCGAGAGUUUUGUUUGCUGGCCUUCAAGGACUUCAGCUUCUCACUUUGCAGGAAUAACAAGAGAGUGUCGUCGCACUCUGACGAUGUCAUCGGGCACUGUGACGGACAGGAAGGAACACGCAAUGACGUGAGAGGAUUUAGCCUGGAUGUAUAGCAAGCAUAGGCCACCAUUUCCUUCAUGUAGUUCAAAUCGUGACCUCUCGGGAAGAGCAGGUCCAUAGGAAUGUAUUAUAUUGUAUGUUAGAACAUUUGCUGUAGACAGAAGGCCGAAUUCAAGUAUAGCAACUAAGAAGACCAAAAAAAAAUAAAAAGUCCCGGCUAAAAGAGUAUUUCGGCUUGUUAGUGUGUCUCUGUAUCCUCGAUGUAGUCACUGUCACUCUAACAACAUGUAAGAAGCAACCUGCAGACUGGGAGAUAAUCUCCUAAGACUGUAUUCUGCUGCCUUAUCCCCCUUUUCCACUAUUAGUUCGCUUUUUAUUUGAUUUUCAGCCUCAGAGGAGGCAGGACAAAUGUGACAGGUGUACAUAGCUCCGAGGUAAAGUCCUGAUUUCCAUGUCAGUAUGAGGACAGUGUUCCAUUAAAACAAAAACAAAAAAAAAGUGACAUUUUUAAUUUAACGUUGAUCAACGACACCUCACCUCAGUUUGUUUACACAAUCUACCCGGAAUCCCUCGCGCAGCUACGUGUAGAUACGACUUCAUUCCAUGUACUCGUAACACAAUGUUUGGGAGGUUAAUGCACACUUUUAAAGGAUGAAUGUUUUAGUUAGUUAACUAAAACGUAAUCUGUUCAAUUGGAUAAAAUAUCUCACAGAUGGUAUUUUUUAAGCAUUGUUAAGGCCAUUAUUAUGAGACUUGCAAUGUUGCAGUUUUGAAGGGAAAACAGUAUUGUGGGAGACAUUCCCUCGUAAUUUAAACGCAGCCUGUUUGCCAAAAGCAAAUAAGCCUGAUGUUGAACUUUAAUUAAAAAAACAACAACAACAAAAAAACAUUUAUUGAGUUCAAUAUUUUUUUUUUUUUUUUUUUAAAUAUAAACCUUUUCCAUUGUGCAAAUUGCGCCACAGGUUCUAUGAACCUCUGUUGAACAGACUGACUCGCUUUGUCACUUAUCACUUUUUAAAGCAGCUGCUGCACUCUCCUGGAAAUGGGUCAAGGCUGGGGGAAAAAAAAUUAUAUAUUAAAAAAAAAAAAAAAAAAUGAAGACAGAAGCGUGUUCCAAAACAUCUGGACAACUAACCGGGCAUGUCGAAUACAGAGCAAUCAUUAACCCCCCAUCCCUAGCCUGACUUGAACAUACUGUAUAUUCCACCAAAUGCUUGUUAUUUAUUUGUAUUUAUUUAUUUUAUUUAUUUAUUUAGUUUGUGGUUCUGAAUGCAUAUUUAUGCAUCCAUAUUAUAUACUCUAUGCUUCUGAGCGUUAUGUGAAGGCUGUAAUGUUACUCAAACUUAUCCGAAAUAUACUUCUCUGUCCUGA